UUUAAUUAUUUGUGAACAAAAAAAUAUGGCUGUUUCGUCUCGGUGUGGCAGGGACCAAUAUUGUUGUUUACUUAAUUGGUUUCUUAUGGCGAUUGUUGUUUGUAUAAUUUUACUCGUAGCCCACAUCUUCUGUAGUGUAUACUGUUGCAUUUGUAUAUAAGUUAGGGUGGAUAUUAAUUUGUACUGUUUGAUAGAAGUCCAUUGUUGGCUUUGGCAUGGACCACUCGAUUGCCUCCACAAACCAGUCGCUCAAGGCAGGAAGAAUAGUCAAGAAUAGUUUUAGCCCAUUUACAAACUGUGGGGGAGACACUGUUCGUUUUCUGUUUGAAUUAUUUUGUGAAGUGUCGCCGGGUGAUGUCGUCAGGGAUCCAUACAUUAUCAGGAAAUAUCCCGAGUCAUAUAAAAAUGAAGAAGAGCUGAAAAAUAUACCCAAAUUUACUUUCCCCUGUCAAUUUGAGGAACCGUUUGUGCAGCUUUAUUCAUUCGUGUUGACAACAGAAGAUUCCAAAUACACAUUUUGUUUUUGUCGCUACGAUCCAAAGGCUAAAUCAGCAUUAGUUUUAUUAUCACAUUUACCAUGGCACGAUAUAUUUUACAAAUUAUUAAAUUGUAUAGCAAACCUCCUGAACAGCCCGGAGAAGGGCGAGCUGUCGUACUUUCUAGAAUCAUGUCGGUCUCGGCCCCCCAUGCCGGGACACACCCUGAAAGUGACGUACAACGCGGGCCACAGCGUGUUCACAUGCCAGAGUCCAGACGCGAAACUACCAAGCAUUCCAGAUAACUAUAACUUAACGGAAUACUUCAGCGCACUGGACCCAAAAAGCAUGAUAGGUCUAUGGGCCGCACUACUAAACGAAAGACGGAUCGCAGUAGUUGCGUCUAAGCCUUCGCGCCUCUCCGCGUGUGUGCAGGCGGCUAACGCCACCCUCUUCCCCAUGACCUGGCAACACAUAUUCAUACCCAUCCUCCCGCAACAUUUGGCCGACUACCUUCUCGCCCCUAUGCCCUUUCUUAUUGGAGUUCCUAAAAGCGUUAUGGAGACUGUAAGAAUGUCUGAAAUAGGAGACGUCGUUAUAGUAGAUGUAGAUAUAAACGAACUAAGAACACCCCAUAAUGACUUGGAGGCUCUUCCGCCAGAAUUGGUGAAUAGUUUGAAGAAAGCUUUGAGUGAUAAGAAUGCUCUUGGGGAUGCAGUGUCUCGUGCCUUCCUUCGAGCCCUAGUCUGUUUAAUUGGUGGAUAUCGAGAUGCAAUAAAAAUCGAAAAUGGUCAAUUGAUUACGUUCAAUCCUGAAGCCUUCGUGAGAACAAGGAAAAAUAUGCAAGAAUUCCUCAAAAAAAUACAGGAGUCACAAAUAUUUCAACAGUUUAUAGAGGAAAGGUUGGCGUUACUUAACUCCGGGCGAGGGUUCAACGAUGAGUUUGAAAUCGAGUGUAACUUCUACGCGGACAAACUGAACACGGGGAGCGGACAGCGGCUCAAACAACAGUACAAAGACUGGGCUAAAAACGUCAAGAAGGAGGGCGGGGCUUUCUUCAAGAAUGUCAAAGAUAAGGCUAACCCAGCAGUACAAUCGGCUGUGAAAACGGUCCGACAAGGAGGUAAAAAUGUGAAGUCUGCCGUGAAAGGCCUCAAGAACAAAAUGCCGAGGCCAGGGUCGCGUCCGUCUUCCAUCAACACCACAGACGAUAGCAGGUUUUCGUGCGGCUCAGCGACACCAGUGUCGUCGGACUCAUCCGAGUCGACGCCGUCGCGCGACCCUCCCCCGCCCCCGCAGGCCCUGCCCCUCGACCUUCUCAACGAAAUGGAGUUCCUGUUCUCCAAGAAAAACGUCCAACGACGAGACAGUUACCCCAACAUCUCUAACUCCGAUAUCAGCGCCGCGGAUAGAGCGAAAACACUGUCACCAAGUGUCCCACCUCGGUUACCAGAACGCCCUCAACUCCCACUCCGUUACCCAAUCAUUUCCACGAGGAAGUUAGUCGAUAUAUCAGACGCGCCGGUACCGCCGCCGCGGACUACGGUUGCGCACAAUCACUCAAAUUUCGUCAGUAAUAUAACAAAAAAUGAUGUGAAACAAGACACAGAUUUUCAUACGAGCACUAUAAGAUUCACUGAGGGUAAAGAUAAGGCGAAAUUAAAGUUGACGCUGUCGUCAAAUCAGAGGAAAGUGUCGCAAAAUAGCGCGCCGUGUAAUGGCCACGCGAUGAGACCGGUGGCGCCAGACAGCCGCGUGGCCCGGCCGCACUGCCGACCCGUCCUCUCCACGCCUUUGGGGAAGCCUCAAGAGUCGUGUGGCUCUGUAAGUGAUCUCAUUAAACUGGACGAUUCGCCAACAACAUUGGAAGACUUUGAUCCUCUCAAGUGUCGUGAUAGGAAAGUAGAACCAAUAAAAUCGACGGACAGUGCGUUGUUGCAUGAGUACGGUCUGGAUUUCAGCCAAUUCGGCAUGUUUUCGGAAUACUCUGCGGGUUCCAGUGGCCAGGAGACUACCAACGUGCCCAAGGGAUGGACUACGUUUAACUAGUCGCCUCUAAGCUCUCUUUGUAUGCCGCCACAUCUAAGUUGUAAGGAUCCGAUAGGACCAGUCGCGCUCUUGUUUGAAAUAAGCUACGCCAUCUAAAACAAAUUACUUUAAGGUUUUUAAUUGAGAAAAAUGAAAGAAAAAGAAAACAAGAAAUGGCCACAAUUUCUUUCUGUUGAAAAUAUAAUUACAGUAUAUCCUUGAACUUCGAUUUUGUUUUAAAUCGGCCACCUCUGAGGUCAAUGGACGGCCACGCGACUUCGCAGCAUGAUUUUUAACACGUAAAUACUAGUUUUCUUGGGAAUCUUAUAUGCACUAUGAAAUAUGUUUACAAUCGAUUUCAUAUUAGAUUAUGCAACACUGACAUUGGCGAUGUAGAGCGCGGUCCCAUUUCUCUGUCGUUCUCCGUUGCUUUGACGUCCAUCGACGGAUCAACACAGAUUUGUAUGGAGUUUAUACGUACGUCGAUGCACUUAUGGAAAACAACAGAGAACGUGCCACGUCGAUGCCACGGAGCAAUGAAUAGGGCUCGUAGUCGAACUUGGUGUGGCGACAUAUUACGCGCAUUAUGCAGUUACGAUAUUCAAUCCAGUUAUAUAUUGAGAAACCCUCCAUUGUAGUGCUAGUUCUAUUAUUUUUAAAGCAAA